AUGGUAAAUGUUGGUGAAUCAAGCAGACACGAUGAUCAAAAAUACCGUACCACUGAGCACUCUCAGGUUUAUGAAUGGAAUACUGCUAGGCGUAGUAUAAGCUCAACUUUUGCAAGCGGCACCGAUAUAUCACCCGCUAUGGCUUCAACUUCCGCACAACACGAAAAGCUUAUUCAGUCAACUCCCGAUUUGCGUAAUAAACGAAUUGCUGCCAUGUUUUCUAUAGAGUCAAGCGACAGCGGCGCUAUUACACUUUCUGAUGGCGAUUGUAAACCUUUUCGACUCGUGCGUCAACAAAAAGCAAAAAGUUCUUCCUAUGAUUCAUCGAGCUAUUUUGAAAGAGAAAGCGUUCAGAAACAAACGUUAAAUAGCGAAAAUACAAUUAGUGAGGAAUCAGUGCGAGAACAGUGUUGUACUACCCAGUAUGACAGCUUCUUCAUGCCUAAAGGUACAAAAGUGAAAUGCUAUCACGUAUUGAGGGACAUAACUAUGCUAGAAUAUAGCACCUUAAUCGAGCUGAGCAUCCUCAUCGAGUUAUACAGUAUUGCUCUGCAGGAUUUUUAUGCGAUUUUUCCGGAAAAAGCGAUAUCCUCUGCUCGCGUACUCACUGAUCUCUUUGAGGAGCUGAGGGAUCUUGAAUGUUUCCACAGUGGCUAUUUGAGUACUUUACAAAUUCUUCUCCAAAAGUGGUCAGCAUUUUUGGGCUGCUUGCUAUUGCUUAAGAGAAGUAUGAAGGUUUCAUGUUUAACUUUAUCAGCAUUAUAUUUCUCAUGA